UCACUCCCCUCAAAUUUCUUUUUUCUUUUCUCCGUUCUCAUUUUACUUGCAGUUGCAGUAGAAAAACUCUCUCUCUCUCUCCCUCUCUCGCUCGAUCAGAAUUUCUAGGUUUUGUGAUUGUUGCUGGCGAUGGCGUUGAAACGGAUCGCCAAAGAGCUCAAGGGGCUGCAGAAAGAUCUUCCUGCUUACUGCAGCGCUGGUCCAGCUGGAGAAGACAUGUUUCACUGGGAAGCAACAAUUAUGGGGCCUGAGGAUAGCCCAUAUGCCGGUGGAGUCUUUCGUGUCACAAUUCAGUUUCCUCCCAAGUACCCUUUCAGCCCACCCAAGGUUACGUUUAGGACGAGGGUCUAUCAUCCAAACAUCAACAGCCGUGGUGACAUCUGUCUCGACAUCUUGGAGGACCAAUGGAGCCCUGCACUCACCAUAUCCAAGGUGCUGCUUUCGAUAUGUUCGCUGUUGACUGAUCCGAACCCAGAUGAUCCAUUGGAUGGGGAGGCUGCCAGGAUGUACAAAUCGAACCGCAAGAUGUACCUGUUAGCUGCCCGACACUGUACCGAGAAGUACGCCAUGGGAUAACAAAAAAAAAAAAAAACUGUCUGGAACAAAGAUGAUCAAAGGUAUUACUCUACUUUUGCUCUAUGAUGGAUGCUCUUGACAUUUCUGGAACAAAAACAUUUCAGAUGCUUCCAGAAAAUGAUACAAUCUCCGUGACUUGACAGUUGACACCUUUUCUAUGUGAUUCUUGACC